AUGGCUAGAGAAAUCGAGUUGCUCAUUGUGGGUGCGGGCAUUCAUGGUCUUUGUAUGGCAAAGACCUACCUUGAGCUCAAACCCGAGGCUGAAAUCCUCAUCGUGGACAAGGCACAAUCGCUUGGCGGGUCGUGGGCUGAAGAAAGACUGUAUCCGAGACUCAAAACGAAUAAUGUUCUGGGAUCCUACGAGUUCAGUGACUUUCCAAUGAUGCCCGAAAAGUACGGGGCCACACCGGGCACCCAUAUCCCUGGUCAGGUGGUUCACGACUACUUGCGUGAUGUUGCGACGCAUUAUGGAAUCGAUGAUACAUUUCAACCGAGGACAAUCGUGGAGGGAGCGACACUUCAAGAUGACCGUCGAUGGAUGGUCACAUUACUGAGAUCAGACCCAAGAGCCACGUCCAAGGAGGUUAUAAUCACUGAUAAGAUGGUCAUCGCAACUGGAUUGACCUCUGAACCAUAUCUCCCGACGAUACCAGGACAGGAAACCUUCAAAGGCCUCCGGAUACAUUCUAAGCAGCUUAAGGAGUGUGCACCAGAAUUGGCAGCCUGCAAGGAUGUGGUUGUGCUUGGAGGGAACAAGUCGGCGUGGGAUGUGUGUUAUGAUGCUGCACGCUCUGGUGCGCGUGUGCGUAUGGUCAUCAGGUCAUCUGGGGGUGGCCCAAGCUAUGUGUGGCCGAAGUCGUUCAACUAUGGACCGUUCAACUUAUCCCUAGCCCGGAUGUCUGCAACGAGAUUCUUCAUGGCAUUUGACCCGACUCUUUUCGGUCGGAAGGGCCCUAUGUCUUGGUGGCAUUAUUUCCUGCAUCGUACGUCAAUCGGCAAUACGAUAUGUGAAUUUUUUUGGACCAGAUUAGAUCGGCAUAUCAAGCGCGUAAUCGGCUACCAUACUCACCCAGAACUCCAAAAACUCGAACCAUGGACAACGCCGUUCUGGAUGGGGAAUUCACUGAGCAUCCACAAUUACGAGACAAACUGGUUUGACCUUGUUCGAGAAGGCAAAAUCACUGUUCACAUUGCCGACGUGGAGUCGUUGUCUUCCGAGAAGGUCAACCUCUCAAACGGCGAAACGCUACAUGCUGACGCUUUGGUGUGCUGCACAGGAUGGAGGUCUAAACCAACAGUGUCUUUCGAGGUACCCGAUCAACACCAUGAUGACAAAGCAAUCAUGUUAGACAUUCACAAGGCUGAAUCCGAGAUUGAGACUGAGGUGAAAUAUCUUCGGGGACUUUCAAGGAGAACUAGCAAUGCGCCUCAUCUAAAACAACAGCCUAUCGCCACCUCAUUUCUCCUAUCAGACCAUAAAUAUCGGUUCAUGGUGUCACCCGAUGAACAUGCCCUCGAAAGCAAGAAUCUCGCCUUCAUUGGGGCGCAUUCCUCAAUCCAUGCAGUUGUGGUUGCUCAAGUCCAGGCUCUGUGGAUCUUUGCCUUCUUCAACGACAAGUUGAAACAUCUUCAGGCAAGACAUAUUGACAGCACUGCUGUCAGAUACAACACUAUACUGCACGGCGUGUAUGGAAUGUUGAGACGCCCGAAGGAAUGCGGCGGCGCAUCUGAAAGAUAUCCAGACCUUGUGUUUGACAGUGUCCCAUACGUGGACAUCUUGUUGCAAGACUUGGAAUUGGGAAAUUUGAGAAAACGCGGAAUAUGGAACAAUAUCUUCAAGCCACAUCUGCCAGCAGAUUACCGAGGGCUGGUCAAAGAAUGGAAAACCAAGAAUUCAGUUGAGGUACUCGGGGAAAGUUAA